AUGUCGACCACACUUCCUCUCUUUUGGCCCUUGUCAUCGGCCUCGACUGACGAAAGGCUAGAUGCGUCAGUUAAACUCAUAAACGGUCUUGAACAGUUUCAAGACAGCAAGGCCGCUGCCCCCAUAAUCUCUAGUGACUCUGAGGACUCUGAGGACGACUCUGAAGAACUAAACGAGGGAGACUCUCCCAAAAAGUCAAAGGACGACUUGAACUCGGAGGACGUCAAAUAUGCACUGCGUCGGCUAAUACGAGGCCUUGCGAGCCCAAGAGAGAGCAGUCGGUUGGGAUUUUCGGUUGCGUUGACCGAGCUCUUAACUAGACUAAACACUGUCGAUGCCGCCAGCAUCACUUCGUCCAUUCUCGAAGCAUCAGCUAUUAGCAACUCUAUGAAAGGGCAGGAGGUCCGAGACACCCUCUUUGCUCGGUUGUUUGGUCUGACAGCGGUCAUCCAAUCCGGCCUCUUGUUUCGCACUUCACGGCUCACCACAUCGCCUUCUGCUCCCGAAGAACUCGGACUGCCUGCAUCUUCCUUGGUUGCGUACCAAACAACUGUAACGGAGUUGUUUAACUUGGGCGAAAAGAAAUCCUGGUUGAGGGAGAGCUCAUGGUGGUCUAUUGACCUAGCACUCAGAUCCCUUCACUCGUCUCAGGGACUCGAAUGGAAGGACCAGGCAAUCCAAUGGACAAUUGAGACAAUAUACCGUGGCGAUCAGGCCAAAGAGUGGACCCCCGAAAAGCUCGGGCUCACAGUCACAUUCAAGAUCUUGCUCCCAAUCAACCAUGGAAAGACAUCCUCGCACCGACGUUCCGUAACCCAGCCUUGGUUUCGUCCCCCAACUUGCCCGUUAUUGCCCGAAUUCUUAAAGAAACGGAUACCACCGAAGAAUCAGAUGUCAAGAGCACUUCGGGAGGACGGAAAGAGUAAAGCCUCAUUUGCAGAGUUUUACCGCAUUUGUGUUGAUGAGUCCUUGUUCGCGACGGCUUCCUCUUCUGAACGAAAGUCAUGGGGAUUCCAGGUUUUCGAACGAGCUUUGACGAUCAUGCCAUCUGAAGAGUAUCAGUACCUAUUUACUCCCAACUUUAUGCGGACCUGGAUCAAUCAUCUUUCGGCUCCUGAUCGGCACUUGCACAAAGCAGCCAAGAAAGCUGCAUCUGAUAUAGUCAAGGCGGUCGAACGAAACCCGAGCAUCGGCUUUUCGCUCGUAACUCACUUGCAAGGUGCUCAUGGGAACCAACAGUUUGACCGCAUCACUCGUACCAAGACUGUUGAAACUAUUUUGGCUUCGACGGAUAUUGACGGAGUGAAGAAAUAUACCACCUCGCUCGUAAAUCAACUUAGGGACGGUGUGGCAUCUGAACGAUAUGUGUUCGAGCAAUUAGCUGCUUUGAUGCGGAACGGGUCGAUACCCAAGGAUGACGAAUGGAUCAAAUCUGUUUUGGAAUUAUUUAUCCUUCAUGGUCUUUUCACUGUCACAAAGAAGAAUAAAAAUAGCGAAUUAGCCUCGCUUCACCAUACUACCAAACCUCCUCUCUCGGAUGCACUGAGGAGUGCUUGUGAAUCGGGUGAAUCAACUCGCACGAAUUCUUCCGCGGCCGACGGGGAACUGUGGAUAACAAAAGCGGCCAAAAUCGUAGAAAUAUUGGAGCAAGAGUCAUCCCACGUUUCACCAUUGGCUGAAACCGAGGGGGAUGUGACAGAUUUAAGAGCCAGAGCUCGAAAGGUGCUCAAGUCGAUUAGAAGGAAACAGACAGAAGGCGACGAUGCUUCCCGUGGUACCGAACUCUUGAUAUCCGCACUGUUACUAGAAACAUACAACGAUGGGGAAGAUAACGUCGAUUCACUCGAAUCCUGCUUGGACGCCACGGAGAAAUUAUUCAAUCUUUCCAAAGAGGUGAAAUCUUCGGAAGAGGAUGAGCACUCUCCCAUAGACCUCUUGAUCGACGUGAUCAUUGGCAUGCUGGAGAAAUCUUCGGCUUUUGGUAAAUCCGUCGCCACUCAAGCAUUUGGAUUGCUCAGUGGGAGGGUGGAAAGUACUACGAUCGAUUUGAUUCUUUUGCAACUCGAGCAAAGAGAUGUCAAUGAGUCGGAGAAUGGUGAGGACGAAGAUGAAGCAGCCGAGGCAGUCGACGAGAUGGCAGAGGCUGAAGAAGAUGACGAAGACGAGAAAUCAGAGGAUGAUAGCGGCAGCGAUUCAGACGAUGACAGCACCGAUGGAGACGAGAAUGAGGAACUAGAAGUCGACCCCGAGUUCAGAAAACAGGUGGCAGAAGCACUGCGUGUCAAUGGGAUGGCGAUUGCCGAAGACGAAGACGAAGACAGUGACUCGGACUCUGAGGAAGAGGUCUUGUUGGACGAUGAUCAAAUGAUGCAGUUGGACGAGCAGUUGGCGAAGGUAUUCCGAGCGCAUGCAGGCGGUUCAAAGGAAAAGAAAAGUGCUCAACGCGAGGCUACACAUUUCAAGAUUCGCAUACUUGACUGGUUGAUAUUCUUGAGCAAACAACUACAGAGCGCAUAUGCACCACGAGUCGUGCUUCCUCUCGUGAAUAUUGCUAUUUCUGCCGGCCCCGAUGAACGACAAUUGUCCGAGAAGACUGUAGGCAUUCUGCGAGCGCGCAUCGGCAAGACGAAAGAUAUCCCAACGGGCGAGAUUGACAAGGAAGCGACCAUCAAAGACCUACGUGACUUGCACGAACUCGCUCGAAAGACACCUAUACCGGAGUUAUCGGCGUGCAGCAUCUAUCUCUCGAAGGUCCUACAAGGAGACUUGCAAGUCUUGGAAGCUUACCGCGCGUCCAUUGAAGACUUUGCCCGAAGGAAGAAUUCCAAACUUUCACCUGCAUUCUUGAAGGAAUUCAUCCUCCGACAAACUCCUCAUGCCUGGCAGCUAAGGGAGCAUAUAGCCGGUCAGGCUGCACCUGGGGUAGCUGUUAAUGUUUAUAGACAAAUGCAGAUGUGGCAGCUCCUACAAACCCUACUCAGCCAGGUUACACCACUUUGUCAAGAAGCGGAGGUAGUUGAGCAGCUGUUCUCGUUCAUUCCUCUCAUCCGGGACGCACUAUACAAGUCUUUGACAACCGCUUGCGAGCAAACAGAGCAUUCGGCCAAUGCUGCUCAGGUGAAAGAACUCUUAAAAAUUGCUCUUCAGGCCAUGCGACUGGCUCGAAAAGUUGCGAGACCUUCGGACUCGAUUAGCUCGUCUUGGGAUGUGUCGGCAUUCGAAAAGGUCAGGGAACAACUUGCCAACUCGGACAGAUUCAAAGGAUCGCCUGCAAUCCAAUCCUCGACUAAGCAAGUCUUAUCCUUGUUGGUGCCAACUUCGAACGGGACCGUACCAACGAACAAGAAGCGAAAAGAGACUGCUGAAGAAGUAACGAUCAACGGCACCGAGACCGAGCCACGCAAAAAGCGAAAAAAGGUUAAAAAACAAAAAAUUGACAGGACCGCUACCAAUGACUGA